GAGCGCAGCAGACGCCUCGUGGUGCCUGCGAGCAGCGGUGAGUUGUGCCACCCCUGCUUACCUCUUGUAUCCGAUUCAGGAUACGUAAACUAUUUCUUAUUAUAUCUAGAAAUCUAAGCUCUGGAUAAUUUUUUGCGAAAGAAAAAGUUGACUCAGAAUAUUACUAAGAAUACGUCUAUGCAAGGACAUAUAGUUAUUUUGAAUCACUCUGUAUAACAUUUUCAUCAUAUAACAUGAGACGUGACAGCUGUAGAUUGUCAUUCGUCUCUUUUGACGCCUCGUCCCGCCGGAAGACGCCUGAAGAGCGUCGGAACAGCGAAGAAGAGCGAGCUGCCGCCGUGAGAUCGACGAGACCCUUUUAUAUUAAGAGCGGGGGCACGCAGGUCCUAUUAUACCGGCCUUUUACUUUAAAUUUACUGUCCAUUGUGAAAAUGUCGAUGUUGCUGCGGAAUUGUAUUACAGAAUCCGAGGAGACACCUUAUAAUGUCGUAGAAACGGGACGGCGUCCGAACGAGCUCUCCGCAAAUCCCGAUGAGGAAAGCGGAGGCAGGAGAUAUUUCUCGCAGAGCAACGAAUAGAGAACCGGGAACGGCAUCCCGAAGAAUGAGGAUGCGACCGCUCAAGGGGAACAGAGCCGUCGUCGGAAAAACUGCAAGGAAUUUGGCCACAAAGGACACGGAGAUUUAAGUCCCGCACCUAGGAUUUGUGAGUGCGACAGCGUGCGUAAUACACCGCACGCGAAUUAGACCGCAGGAUUGCGACCAAUAAGGGUACGAUCCACUUAGGCAAAGUGGGGCGCGUCGCGGCAUGGCCCCCCGCACUUCUCACAGGAUCGGCGAUCGAUCCUCACUUCGGCUGCGGAAGUGCUUCGAGCGAGAUCCCGAACAAAAGCGAACGGUAUUGUGAGAGGACGCAGGGGCCGAGCUGAGAUUCCGAGGAGGCAAGCGAGGAGCAGCACUGACACGUGGACAUUAUUGAUUAGACGAAUCAAUAUCAAGAUCGAUUCAAGAUUUCUACUUCUUGAAACUCAUCACCGAACCAGCCGAACGGAACGCAACAAUUUUAUUUUGGAAAAUACGUACUUGGGACAAUAAAGGAAAAAACGAAACACGAUGAUUGUGAUCGUGACUCUGGUGCUCUUAACCAUUCUUCUCAUUGCUUUCGCGUUGCGUCAGAAAUCAAAUCAAUUACCACCAGGUCCCUUUUGUUGGCCGAUUAUUGGAAAUCUGUUUUACGUAAAAAGAUUAGAGAAAAAACUCGGUGCAAAAUAUUUGGCUCUUAUGGAACUCAGUAAAAUGUAUAACAGUGGCGUCAUAGGUUUGCAACUAGGUACUAUGUAUACGAUCGCUGUUUCGGAUAGCAAGCUCGUGCAACAAAUCUGCGUUAACGAAAUGUACGACGGGCGUCCUUUUAAUGAGUUUACGAAGCUACGAAAUCUGGGAAUGAAAAAAGGUAACGAAUUCUCAAUCGAAAUUCAUCGAAUACUAAAUCUUUGAUUGAAAAUCGACUUA